AUGGUGUUUUGCGACCAUUGUCAGCGAUGGUACCAUUUCGGUUGUGCUGGUGUUACGGAUGAUGUGCGUAACGUCUCAUGGUACUGCCAGGAUUGCGAAGAAGGUGAAGCGGAUGGUGCUGGUUCGUCUGAGCUGCUAGAGGAGUUAAAACAGCUCGAAGCGGAAAAGAAGAGGCAGAAGGCGAAAAUGGAACGGGAGAAGACUCUGCACCGGAAGCGGCUGGAGAUGCAGCAGGAGCUAUUUGAAAUGCGUCAGCAACUGGAACGGGAAAAGCGAGCGAUGGAAUUCGAGUACGAGAAGGCGCAAAUGGAGAAGAAACUUGCGGAAGAAAAGGACCACCAGAAGAAACUCGACGAGAUGCGGACGGAAAUGGAGGAUAAGCUGCUGCAGUUGAAGCUGAAGCGGAACAAGAAUACCGGUAGCAGUAGAAUGCUGGAAGCCGAUGCUCAAGGUGUGGAUAAGGAUGACUCAAAGAAGAAGAAGCAAAAGAAGACGAAGUCGGAAAGCACACAACCAGGGAAAACAAAGCCUGAGAAGAAAAAGUCGGGAAAAGGAAAGCCUGGAGGUGCAGAUCUGGCAGUCGCGACUCUUGCUGAUAUUCGUGGAGCGUACCGUAAGCAUUCAACACCGAAAGUGGAAGACAAGCAUACAAGAAAGCUAGUUGGAGGUCCGCCGACGCUACCGGAAAGUUUCCUGAUCGGUCGAGACAAAAAUGAAACGCCCUUUGGUCACCCGGAAGUCCCAAGGAAGAAGGGCAGUAGUAGCAGUAGAAAAAUGAAGGAACUGAAAGAAGUUUCGGAGUCUGAGAGCGGAAAUAGUUCCGAAGAAAAAUCUUCGGAAGAGAACGAGAGCGGCGAAGCAGAAGAGAGUUCCGAAGAGGAAGAAAAUAGUGCCGAGGAGGAGGAAGAUAGUUCCGAAGCGGAAGGAAGUGUCGAAACUAAGGAAGAGAGUUCCGACGAAGAGGAGGACCGAAGAGAGUCUCGACGUAGAAGCGAAGGGAUGCAGAGACGAAGAAGCCAUCAUCAGGAACUCACGAAGGCCCAGUUGUCCUCGCGCCAAUUCCUUUCCAAAAAAUUGCCUACCUUUUCUGGCAAGCUGGAAGAAUGGCCGAUGUUCAUAAGCAGUUAUGAGACAUCGACGAAAGCGUGCGGGUUUUCUAAUCUCGAAAACUUAGCGCGGCUUCAAGAAUGCCUGAGAGGAGAAGCAUUGGAAGCGGUCAGAAGCCGACUUCUAUUACCAAAAGCGGUUCCAAAGAUCAUCGAAACUUUACGGAUGUUGUUUGGACGCCCCGAGAAACUUCUCAACAUGCUGUUAAAAAAGGUUCGAAAUGCAGCACCACCGAGAGCAGACCGCCUAUCGAGCUUCAUUAGCUUCGGGAUGGUAGUACAACAAUUAACCGAUCAUCUCGAAGCUACAAGUCUCACCGCUCAUCUAGUGAACCCGAUGCUGAUUCAAGAGCUGACAGAGAAGCUGCCAGCAGGAACUCAGCUGGAGUGGGUGCGAUAUCGAAGGAAGAGUAAAAUGGUAACGUUGCGUACUCUAUCGAACUUUUUGUCAAACAUCGUGAAGGACGCAAGCGAAGUGGCGUCGUACGGAGAAGCAACCCGGUUCAUCGAACAAGGUUUGCGAAAAGAGAAAUCGAAGCGAGAGCACGAAGGAUUUCUGCACGCUCAUAGCGUAGAGCAGAAUAGGAGUCAAAGUCCACCGGCGAAGGAAAGAAAACCGUGCCGAAUUUGUGGCAGAAUCGACCACAGAAUAAGAAACUGUGAAGCGUUUCGUCGAUUACGUCUAGCCGACCGCUGGGAUGCGGUCCGAAGGUGGCAGCUUUGCCAGGUGUGCUUGAACGAACACGGAAACGCCCAGUGCAAACUAAACUUCCGUUGCAAUGUCGAUUCGUGUAAAAAGCGACACCACCCGUUACUCCAUUCAGUGGUAUCCGUAAUCGGUUCGAACUGCAACAUGCACGCUGUCCAACCGAGGCCUUCAGUCAUCUUUCGCAUGAUGCCUGUCACACUGUAUAAUAAAAAUUGCACAGUGGAUACGAUCGCAUUUUUGGAUGAAGGAUCAUCGUACACGCUGGUGGAGAAAUCACUAAUGAACGUUCUGGGAGUUCAGGGUGUGACUCAACCGCUUCGCGUAACAUGGACAGCCGGAGUUUCACGACUCGAGAAGGGCUCUCAAAGAGUGAACCUUUGCAUCUCGGCACGAGGAUCAAAGCAACGUUUUCCGCUGAAAGGUGCACACACGGUGGAAAGUCUAAUGCUUCCACAACACACGCUAAAUGUUUCGGAGCUGGUAAAGGAGUACUCUCAUCUUCGUGGCCUACCAGUUGCCGAAUUUCAGCAAGCAGCUCCUAAGACCCUGAUCGGCCUCAGGGAUAUACACUUGUAUGCACCGAUCGAAUCACGAAUAGGUCGACCAGAAGAACCAAUAGCAGUUAGGUCGAAGCUUGGCUGGACUGUCUACGGGCCGACGAGCAUACACCACUCGGACGCAGGAUUAAUCGGGCACCAUGAAUGCAGUGCCGUGUCGAAUCAAGAGCUUCAUGACCUCCUGAAGAGCCACUAUACGAUGGAGGAGUCAGGGAUCUCCGUAGCCUUGCUUCCUGAAUCGGAAGAAGACAGGAGAGCGAACGAGAUCUUGAAGAGUACGACGGUGAGGAUAGGUGAUCGUUUCGAAACGGGUCUGCUGUGGAAGGAGGAUGACCCAAGCUUUCCCGACAGCUUCCCUAUGGCGAUGAAACGUUUACAUUGUUUGGAGAAGCGCCUGAGUAGGAACCCCGAACUGUACGACAAAGUUCGCGGUAUGAUUGCCGAGUAUUUAGGGAAGGGAUACGCACAUAAAGCUACGUCGGCGGAAUUGCACGCGUUCGAUAGUAGUAAGGUUUGGUACGUGCCUUUGAACAUCGUGUACAAUCCGAGGAAAAAGAAGUAUCGCUUGGUUUGGGACGCCAGAGCAGAAGUGAAAGGAGUAUCGUUGAACUCGAAGCUGCUGAAGGGUCCGGAUAUGUUAACCGCAUUACCGGCGGUGGUUUGA